AUGGAUACUAGCAUUCUAGCUGUGACGACCAAUCCUAAGGGGAAAAACUAUGCUCUUGCUGUUUGUUGGCUUCUUGGCGUUGGAUGCCUUUUAGCAUGGAACAGUAUGCUCACAAUUGUGGAUUAUUACGCUUAUUUGUUCCCCUGGUAUCAUCCAUCGAGAAUCCUUACCAUAAUUUAUCAGUCAUUUUCUAUUGGAGCACUUAGUGUUCUUGUUCACAAAGAGGCAAGACUCAAUACCAGACGUCGAAAUUUGUUUGGAUAUAGUCUUUUUUCCCUUGGUUCUCUUGCUGUCCUAGUGUUAAAUUUAGCUACUUCGGGGAGAGGAGGGAUUGGCUCUUUCAUUGGAGUAUGUGUCAUUAGUGCGGCGUUUGGUCUAGCGGAUGCACAUGUUUAUGGUGGAAUGAUCGGAGAUCUUUCUAUGAUGACACCCGAGUUUCUUCAGUCGUUUCUAGCUGGCUUAGCUGCUUCAGGAGCAUUAACCUCUGGACUGAGGCUGGUCAUAAAAGCAGCAUUCAAAAACUCAAGGGAUGGCCUUCGCAAAGGAGCUACUUUAUUCUUUGCCAUGUCUGCGUCGUUCGAGUUGGUUUGCGUUCUGUUAUAUGCAUAUGUAUUUCCCAGGAUACCGGUCGUGAAGUACUAUCGCGCAAAGGCUAUCAUUCAAGGAUCGCGAACUGUAUGGGCCGACCUUGCAGCUGGAGGCAUCCAAGUGCAACCAAUAACCCAGGACGAGGAAGCCUUAAGAUAUGAUCAUCGGCUAAACAAAGGAGACUUGAUGUUACUGUACUCAGAUCUUGCGGUUACCUUGUUCUUAGUGUAUCUACUGACGUUUAGCAUUUUCCCUGGAUUUCUAUCGGAGGAUACGGGAAAAUACAGUUUAGGCGACUGGUAUGCACUAGUGUUGAUAGCAGUGUUCAACGUGUCGGAUUUGGUUGGGAGAUACGUUCCCAUGGUCAAGAAGUUGAAGAUGAAGUCGAGGAAAUGUCUCUUGAUAACGUCAUUGGGACGUCUCUUGUUGAUUCCAGCUUUCAACAUCACAGGCAUAUAUGGAAGCCAAGGCUGGAUGAUUUUCUUGAUGUCCGUUUUGGGAUUAAGCAAUGGAUAUUUGACUGUUUGUGUCAUAACAUCAGCCCCAUAUGAUUUAUUGGCACCGGAGCAAAAUGCACUAGGAAACUUGUUGGUGUUAUAUAUUUGUGGAGGGAUGUUUGCAGGAGUCGCUUGUGAUUGGCUUUGGUUAGUUGGUAAAGAUUGGUAA